AUGCCUCCCGAAGAAGACAUAUACACUGACCGCGCCUCCAUGUCGGAGGAUGAACUGGAGUUCUUUCGAGAUGCUCCAGAAUUCCCCUAUGAAAUUGAUGACUUCAUACAACGGCCUGUGUCCUCUCGCUCGGUUGUUAGGACCCCAAGCUCUAAGUACAGGGAUAGGACCAUCAUCAAGAAACUCGAGGAUGUACCGCAGCAGCCUCAGCUCCCUGAGGAAGGAGUAAAUGGGGUUGAUCAUGCUCAGCCUAGUCCGAAUGCCGUUGAGAACUCAGAGCCUCGUGUGGAAAAUGGAGUGCCAAAAGCUGAGGGGAAAGGAUUAGCGGAUCAGCGAUCAAUUAGCUCCGAGAUUUGCGUGUCUCCGUCUUGGUCGCGGGCCGCUGAUAAGAAGCGAAAGAAAAAAGACCAGAAACGACAGGAGAGAGAACAAAAGGACUUGGAAAGAAGAUUAGAGGCCGAAUCGCGAAAAAGCACUGACACGACUACUAAGAGGGAGCCGAGGCGAUUGACCAAGCGGUAUCCACCAGUUAGCUCAAGCCGAGCGUCUAGUGCAAACAGCCGUAUGCCACGUCCUUCGACUGCAUCUUCGUUUAGGUCCUUCUGGUCAAACAGGUCAUCUCGGGCUAGCUCUGUUCAAGGAUCCGACACUGAGGGCCGGAAGAAAGUGCAUUUUAUGGACUCCUUUAAAGGUGACCCGAAGAAUGGCACAUGGUUCCCCCGGAUGUGGCCUAGAAAAUCCAAAUCCAAACGCACAGGUCAAGGAGACCAUGUUUCGGAUUCAGAAGCACAACCGGAAAGUGCUCCAAGGCGUUCUUUACAUACCGUGAAAAAGCACGGGGACCUCAGAUCGAUGGCCAGGACCCUUGAUAGUGAAGAUGUGGAUGAUCAGCGAUUUGCCGCGGCUGACCAAGUCAAGAACGCAAGUCAAAAUGCUGAUCUAUCCCUUAGCCACAGUAGCAGGGUGGGUGAUUCUGGUAACCGGUCGCAUAAUGGGUUUACGCACUCGCCGGAAAAUGAUCCAAUAACCCAGCAGCAGAACCAGAUCUCGCCUCCAGUAAAAGGGGUUGUCAUUGGACCUAGCAGUAGCAAGAAACGUUUACCUCGCGCCCCUAUAACUCAAACUUCGGAGUUGUUGCGCCCUACAACUCCGUCACGGAUACCACUUGCGGCUUCCCGGCCUGCCAACUCGAAGAGCCCCCUAGCCAGUCUAGAAAACCGCAGUAUCACAAGGACUUCACUGGAUAAAGGCCCUGCAGUAAAGGUUCCCCAAAUUCCGGUGCAUGAUUUCGACAGGUCAACAGAAAAUGCUGGUCAAACACCUAAAAAGGGUGACAAAGUGUCCGAGCCCAGGUCUCCCAAUAUAUCUAAGAAAAUCAACCGCACUUCUGAGUCCCGUCCCGCUACGAAGACAGAAAUAAAACAACCCAGGAGCUUGUUUGACAACACAGAUCUUGUUUCUCAAGACAAAGAUUCAAACACCAAGGUCAACUCUCCUGUUGAGCCGGAGGUUGACAUCAAAACUGCGACUCAAGAGCCUUCACACACGGUUGGCGAGGCUGUUGUUUCCGAUACUCCGCCAGCAGCUAUCUUGGAUACCAGCAAACAGGAUGAUAAACCAAAAGGAACCAUUAACUUCAGUCGUGCCGCGCGGUUGCGACCAUCGCCGCUGUCAGGGCCCCCUCUUCUCAGCCCAGAACCCAAGGAGCUUACCACGGGAGAUAAUAUAACUGCACAAAAGUCAACGGGGGAACCAUCGCACGCUACAGCCAGCCCAUCCAGACAAGGACGUCAACCAACCUUAGAAUCCAGCGGCUCAUCGAGAACUCGUCGACUUUCCCUUGACCGUUUUCUGAGGCCUGGUAGGGUGAAGAAGGCAUCCGUAGUCGAGGUAGACGUUCCGCCUGCUAAACAAGCUGUAAUUGACUCUACCCAACAUCCAGGAGAUGCUGGUGAACAGCAGGGCUCGGAUAAAGAUAUAUUGGGAGCCAAGAAACCCGCAACUAUGACCGCGUCUGAAUCUCAGAAGGAAUUAAAGGACGUUAACGGUACUCAAAAGGACCAGUCACAGGAUACCGAUUCCCAGAAAACACCAUUGGCAACUGAUACGAAGCAGACGAAACCACGUCGUAAUUCCAUGGAUAUCAUACAGAAAUUCCGCCCUUCCAUAACUAAAGCUGAGGUCAAGCUUAGGAAGAAACGGCCAAUGUCUGCGGGAGUUUCUUCGGCUGGUCCACCUCCCUUGGAGAAAUCGCCCACUACCAACACGAGGACCUCUAGUACCUCAAAUUCUCCACUUCCAUCGCCUGGGAAUGUACAUCCAGUUCGCGCGUCUUUCCCUGCCAGCAUAUCUACCCUCAAGAAUAUGAGGGAAGAAGGGGGUAAUGACUACUUUACCAGACCCGUUGUGGAAGUCCAGGCAGUUUAUCCCGAGGCAAUCGCCCCAACAACUCGGGUCAGCGUAUAG